ACACCUUGGAAAUCGUCCUUAUCUCCCAAUUACAAAACGGGGACUUCCAGUGCGUACUCCUCAAGAGAUGAUGUCAGUGCCACCUCCCGUUAUAGUUCUUUGGCUUCACCCAGCUCCUACAGACCCUCCUUUUCGGGGGGAACAUAUCGUUUAAAACGUGACACGCCCAUAGUACCCGCCUCCACCUAUGUCAGUCGUUACUCAGCAGCAGGAAGUUCUGCUGCAACAAAACCAGAUACCAGCAGUACUAGUGAUUCCUCGGGUUCCAAGCCGGGCCAGCUGAAACGUUAUGGUUCUACCGCCAGUAGUUUGGGUAAAUAUUCCAGAGAACCUAGUCCGGCAGCCUUAGAACAUACAAACAGAAUAAAAAGUAGAGAUCCUAGUCCAGCUACUAGAAGUCUUAGAGGGAAAUCUAGAGAUCCUAGUCCUGCUUUAGAUACAAAAUGUAUUGGUUAUGGUUCAUCCGCAAGUUCCUACAGAAUGAAUGUGCCAAAGUCCACAACGGGCAACACAUAUGGAACACGUUAUGGUAGCUCAUCUACGGUUGGAAGGACACCAACAGCUAAUAACUCUUCAACUUCUAUAUCCUAUUUAUCGGCUAGUGAUUUUAAGGCUAGAUCCAUAAGUAAAGCUCGAGAGGCUGCCACACGUAAAUCCAAUGAAAAGGAAUUGGAAGCGCAAAAAACUGAGGAGAAAGAAGAAAAUAAACCAGAAUCCACUUCUAACGAAGAAUCCACUGGCUCUUCGGAAACAGAUGAGGAAGAUGAAGAAGAGGAGGAGGACGACGAGGAAGAAGAAAAAUUUGUUUCUGUUGCCGUAUGUACUAGAGCCACAUCACCCACUCCCCCCGGAGCAGCCCCUACAGUUCAUCGCACCAGACGCAUAGAAAUUGCCAAAACUAUAGAGAAAACUAUACAGCGAUCUACGCGAAAAAAGAAAAUGCUGGAAAAGGAAAUACAAUCAGAUCGUUUAGAUGACUCGACACGCUACUCCAGAUUUGGUUUAAGUAGUCGUGUCUCUUCCCCCUACAGUCCUCAUACGGAACGUUAUACUUCCUCCAGUUUGCGCUACAGUCAUAGUCCACUCUCCACAACAGCUUCUAAAUCCUCGUCAUUGAACUCGAGCUCGGAAAGUAAAAAAGAUGAUGUUUCUGCUUCUUCGACUUCCUCAAGUAGCAAAGCUAAUAAAUCUCCUUUAAACAGCAAAUCAAAACUUUCUCCUCCUAAAUCCAUAAAAAUAACUUCAAGACAAUCGUCGGUGGAAAAUCUAAGUGCCCAUAAACCACCGGCAGCUCCCAAAGGAGAAUCACCCACCAAAUCGACUUCUUCGUCAAAUAGUGUUUCCACGAAGCUGCCUAAUAAAGAUUUUCGUAAAUCGGCUCUCAAUGUAGGACCCACCGAUCGACCGCGUAAAUCGAGAACCCCCAGUACAGGCACAGAUUCAGAUUUAAAUACCGUAGAAGCUUUAAAUGGUGCCCUGCAAGCCAUACAACGUUUAGAAAGAUCACCCAGUGCGGGUUCGGAAGUAAGCAAUGCCUCUAAUAGAUCCAUAAGACGUACCGGAACCGAUAGUAAACUUAGACCCAGAUGUCAUAAUAAAUCCUUUGUCAAUGGUGCGGUAAUGUCACCCAAAUCACCCUUAAGUCGCAACAAUAGCACUUCCAACAUUAAACCGAAAUCUUCCACAUCCUCCACUGCAACAACACAAUCAUCAGCAGGCACAACAACCACCACCUCUUCAUCAAGUGGCACUGAAAGCUGUACGGAAAGCAAAAAGUCUACUAAGAAAAUCAUUAAGAAAAAAACAAUUAAAGACGUCACCAAUACAAGCAGUAGCACGAGCACCACCACCUCACCGACCACCAACAGCAGUGCUGAUAGUCGUAGUAUAAAAUCAUCUAGUGAAAAUAGCUUUUCACAACAACCACCAGCUGUCUCCGUCAACAACCAAAAAGCCAAAAAGUCUGAUUCAUCCGCCACCACCACAAGUCGUACCACCCCCAAAACCCCCUCCGAUAAAGAUCCCCUUAGGCGUUUAAAGAAAUUGUCAUCAGUAUCGAACUUUUUCGCCGCACAACAGCAAGACUGCAAUAGCGACGAACAGAUUUACCUUGAAAGCUCUGAGAACUCAUCAUCAGGUAAUGAUCUAGAUAGAUCGUUAUCGAAGAAGAGCAUCAGUUUAACGCAAGCUAACGAAACGAAAACAACGCCUUCGCCAGCCGUCAAAACGAAAACUAGCGGCAGCAGCAGUAAGAGUAAUCCGAAUUAUACGAUAAAUUCUAUAGAAGAACCUAAAAACAGUAUAAAAACGACAAAAUCAACCUCGCAAACGUCCUCGACGAAAACUAAAACGAAAACCAAAUCGAAAACGAAUACAAAAUCUUCUACAACUUCAACUUCAUAUUGUCCUCAGGAUACCACUACGGUAAACGAAUCUUCCAUUAUGCCUAGUGAAUUGCAAACGGAAUCUUUGUCUCCCUAUACCACCACCAAUCCCACCACCUCCUCUACCUCGGGUACGGAUCAAGAGGAAUCUAGCUGGUGGCAGGAUACUAGCAGGCAAAUAGAUACUGCCUCGGCUUUGGAUUUUAAUUUAAAAGAUGAAAUGCGUUUUAAGAUAAGACACAUAGAUUCAGGUGAAACCGCCUGGUGGUUGCGCAAUGAUGAGGAUGAUACCUUGGCGGAUGAUGAUUUAAAGACUUUAAAUCAAGAGGAAGAACUGGAGGAGGAUGAGGAUGAUGAGGAGGCCACAGAUCAGCAACAAUCAUUGACCUCUACCCCCAGUGGCAAUGCUGCAAAGCUAAACGACAAACCAGGAGGCUGGUGGAUAACUAACGAAACUAACGAAGAAACGCCCAACGAAGAAGAAGAGAAACACGAAACGAUUUAUGUGAAAAGUAGAUCUAGUAAUGAUUUAGAUUAUCCCUCCAAUGGUUAUUGUGUCGAAGAAGCCCCUGUAGAAGCCAAACCAUUUCCCAAAAGUCGCAUAACACCCGAAACGGAUUGGUGGAAUGAUGACAAUGAGGAAGCACAAGCUGAGUUUACCGCCAACAAUAAUCCCUCGUUAAAUAGUGACAAAACGAGCAAUAAAUCCAGUAAUAAUCUCUCUCAGUUAAGUGAUAAACUACCCAAACAAAAUGGUUCUAUACAAUUGAAAAUCUGUCGUGUAGAGUCCGGAGAAAAGCCCUGGUGGCUGCAAGAAGAACAGCAGACCGAGACUCAACCUCAAGAAACUGAAAUAACCGUAGAAGCUACUAUAGCUUUACCCAAGAAGAACAAAGAUAAAACUGAUAGUUCCUCUAGUAAUAGUGAUGCCAAAAAUAGAUGGAUGUCUGGACCGAUUAAGAAAGUAUUUAAUAUACCCAGAGUAGAAUCAGGGGAAAAAGCCUGGUGGCAGGAAGAAACUAGUGAAUCGAAAUCGGAUAAAAGUUAUGAAAAUAAAACCUAUAAACGUAAUAACUCACAAGAACAGGAAUGGUGGUUGGAGGAAAGCAAUCAACAGCAAAAAACUCCCACAACUCCGCAACAUAACUACCAACAAAAUGGUUACUUUGAACCAACGCCCCCAAUACAACAACAACAGCAGCAGCAGCAAUAUUAUCACAACACCGAGGAAGAAGCUGAACUGCAGCAGUAUCAACCUUCAACCUACAAUCACAAUAAUCUCAUAGAUUCCCAGGCCGAACUAAGUAAUUCCUUUAAUUUUGAAUAUUCCGAAAGACCACCACCCUUGGGACAAUGUGCCAGUCCCGUGCAACAGGAAGAAUUAUUACCACCUCCGCCAGCACAGCAAAGACAACAAUGUACAUCACCCUAUGAUAACAUUCCAAUGACAAAAGUUCAAACAGUCGCAUCACAACAGCCAAUUUUAGAAACUUCGACUAAUUACAUGGCCAGUGGCAGUGGUGGUGGCCCCAUUUAUCAACAAGAUAUUGUUUACCUUAAUCAAUCACCCCUACAGCAACAACCACAACAACAGCAAUAUUUUCCUCAUCAACGGCACCAACAACAACAGCAUCAGCAAAACCCCAAUUAUUUACAACAACCACCUACACCUUAUAAUCAAUACAAUAACAAUAAUGAAUUGCGCUCUCGCAAUGGCCAAUUAUUCAUAUCACGUCAUAAAAAUAUCGAUGAGCUUUUAGGUGGUUCAUGUCGUCCCAUAAGUCCCCUCUACUAUGAUAAUAACAGCUUUCAGACAAUGCCCCCCACAACUACAACCACAACAACCACCCCACCUCAACAACGUAAUAUGUUCGUUGAAGAAAUUACACCAGACCAAGUACGCAUCCAUGACAGCACUGCACAAAUGCCCAUUAUACAACGUAUGGAGAGAGAUGACUGGCAGAGAGACUCUCUGGCGGCAAAACCAACAACACCACCACGAUUUGAACAAAGAAUG